UGAGAGGAACCGAAUGUUGUGGGUUUUGAGAAGCGGAAUGGCGAGAAAGAGGUGAUAAGCAGCAAAGAGUGACGAAGUCGAAACCAUUAACCAACUCAUUCGUUCAAUUCCCGAAGGCUAAACAAUCAGUAAGAACAUUUUGCGUGCUCUUUUUUCUUCCCAUCUAAUUAGGGUUUCCAUGCUCUCCAAACACUCCCUUCUCUAGAAGCGAUUUAGAUUAGAUUUUACAACAAUGAACAACACCAACAACAUUAACAACAUCAACACCAACCCAACCAAGAAUGCCGCAACACCGUCGUUUUUCACCAACCCCGGAGCACCCUCCAUCCCCAUGAACCACCCACAACCCCACCUUCUCUCACAGACGCAGCCUCAACCACAAGGUGCCACGUCACACUUUCACGGCCACUUUCAGCUUUCACAACCCCAAACCCACGUCGUCGCACAGCAACAACAUCAACAACAACAACCACACCCUCACCCACAAGUGCACAACAAUGCCAACACCAACGCCCACGUGGCAGCACCCACACCACCCAAGCGUGCAAAUCAGAAACCCCCUUCACGCCCUCAAGGCUCCUCCAACGCUACCCAAUCCUCUGCGUUCAAGACCAUGGAACUCACCGUUGCGCCGCCGCGGAAAAAGAGAAGCUUUCCCGGUAACCUGAUUCCAGAAAAAGUGGCCAAGCUUGUUCCAGAAUCCGCAAUCUACGCCAAGUUGCUCGAACUCGAGACUCAGAUAGAUUCUGCUUUGGCCAGGAAGAAAAUUGAUGUGCAGGCGAAUGUUAGAAACCCUCGCUGCGUUAGGAAAACGCUUAGAGUUUAUGUUUAUAACACUUUUUCGAAUCAGGUGAAAGUGGAGACUGGGAAGAAUGGUGUGGAGGAGCCUUCUUGGGCUCUGAGGAUAACUGGAAGGGUGUUGGAAGAUGGUAAUGGAAAGGAUUCUGUGGCGGAAGGAAUUUCGACGAAGGAAUAUCCAAAAUUCUCGGCUUUCUUUAAGAAGAUUACCAUAUACUUGGAUCAGGGUUUGUACCAGGAUAACCAUGUUGUUGUGUGGGAUAGUGCUCAUUCGGCGGCUGCGCAGCAGCGUGAUGGUUUUGAGGUGAAGAGGAAAGGAGAUAAGGAAUUCACUGCGGUGGUUAGGAUGGCGAUGAAUUAUUCGCCUGACAAGUUUGUGGUUUCACCGCAACUGGCUAGAGUUUUAGGGGUUGAGUUUGACUCGCGCUGCAGGAUCAUAGCUGCUCUUUGGCACUAUGUGAAGGCUAAGAAGCUGCAGAGUCCCAAUGACCCUUCGUUCUUCAUGUGUGAUGCUUCUCUCCAGAGGGUGUUUGGGGAGGAGAAGAUGAAAUUCUCUGUGGCUUCGCAGAAGAUAUCGCAGCAUUUGUCACACCCGCAGCCUAUACACCUGGAGCAUAAAAUAAAGCUUUCUGGAAAUGGUCCAGCCGGAAGUACUUGCUAUGAUGUGCAGGUUGAUGUGCCUCUUCCACUUGAGAAGGAUAUGUCUGCGUUCUUGGCAAGCACUGAGAGGCACAAAGAUAUUGAUACUUUUGAUGAAUUGAUCUCUGAUUCGAUAAAGAAGAUUCAUGAACAUCAUAGGAGACGGGCAUUCUUUCUCGGCUUUAGUCAGUCCCCAGCAGAGUUUAUUAAUGCCUUGAUAGCUUCUCAGAGCAAGGAUCUGAAGCUCGUUGCUGGAGAUGUGAGCCAGAAUACUGAAAAUGAACGACGUGCUGAAUUCUACAAUCAACCGUGGGUUGAGGAUGCUGUUAUUCGCUACCUGACCCGGAAAAAUGCUCGAAGUGAUGCUCCUUGAAAAAUCUGAGAGAAAAUUGUGAAAUAGUAUUCUUUUUAUUUGAGUGGUGGAGGUGGUUAGUUUUCUGAUACCACUUUAGGGUCUUGUCCCAACAUUGCCAAAGUUUCUAUUCCAUCCUUCAUUUAUGUUUUGGAGCAGAGUACUGACAGAGUAUUCUCGAGUCAAGAAUUCUGAUCGCCCCUGGCUUAUUGUUGGAGUCCCUCAACUGUUGUAUCCAUAUUUGUUUCUCAUCUACUCUUCCUACUCACCCAUUCCAGUUUGGUAAAAUGAGCCAUGAGCAAUGAGCUAACAACUUAUGUAGAGCAUCAAGUCUUCACAAUGGUAUAUUUAAGUUCCUAGUUUGGAUAAAGUAAUUCAAUUUCAAUGAAAUUCAAAAUUUCAUUUUAAAA